AUGAUCAUACCCGAGAUCAAAAGCAAGCAAAGCAAUCCAGUGACGGUAAAAUUUCUGAGCCCAGCCAAAUUCAAAGACGACAACAAAAAUCAACAAUCUGACCUUAACAGAGAAAAUGAAACAAAACCCAGAAAUGAGAAAACUUCUUUUGUGAAACUAAGACCCUUAGCAUUAAAAAGUCUCAAAACAGAAGCCCAACCUGGUGUUUCAAAACGAAAUACAAGCGUAGAGCUAGCAAUUUUUGGGCAGGAGAGGGCUGUCAAACUUGGAAGCCAUUGUUUUGGCGGACUGGCUAUGGACCAUUUGGCGUGA